GGAUACAUAUCUUUGAUAAUGAAGCCCAGCAUAAAUGUCGUGUUAGUUUCUCUUCUUCUGCUCAUUGACGUUAUUAGCGUUUGUCAUGGCGGUGGUGGUGGCCGUGGCGGUGGGCUGAGUCCGGUGUUCUAUGACAAGAGUUGCCCUCAAAUUGAAAGAAUAGUGAGGAACAUCACAUGGAGCAUGGUUGCAGAAAAUUCUACCAUGGCACCGAAGCUUCUAAGGAUGCACUAUCAUGACUGUUUUGUUAGGGGAUGUGAUGCAUCAUUAUUGCUAGAUUCAAUCAGAGGCAACCCGGCGGAGAAGGAAGCAAUACAAAACAGUAAUAUUAGAGGUUAUGAGGUUAUUGAUGAAAUAAAAACCAGAUUAGAAGAAAAGUGUCCCGGCAUCGUCUCAUGUGCUGAUAUUCUUGCCUUGGUAGCCAGAGAUGCUGUCUCUUAUCAAUUUGGAAGGCCCAUGUGGCAGGUUCUAACCGGGAGAAAAGAUGGAAGAGUCUCCCUUUCGUCAGAGGCUUCAAUAAACUUACCCUCCGCAGGUGCAAACUUCACCACACUCAACCAGCAAUUUAUUGGUUUGGGGCUGAACAUCAUAGAUCUUGUGGCUUUAUCAGGAGCACAUACAAUUGGAGUGGCACAUUGCGCAGUAUUUCAAAGGAGACUGAACGUAACCGGAAAGGGUGACAUAGACCCUACACUUGAUCCAGAUUACGCAGAAUUCUUGAGAAAACAAUGCACCAACCCGGGCGUCGCGGUUGCACUGGACGCCAACAGCUCAGCUUCCUUUGACAGCCAUUACUUUGCGGGGUUGAGGCAAAACAAAGGCCUCUUGAGAUCAGAUGCUGCGCUGCUCACUGACCGGCGUUCGGCUUACAUUGUAAGACGUUUUGAGAAGUUCCCUGUUUUCAUGACCUACUUUGGGAAUUCAAUGAAGAAAAUGGGUUCCAUUGGAGUCAUAACGCGAGAAGAGGAUGGCGGAGAGAUUAGAAAGAAUUGCAGGGUUGUUAAUGCUAAUUAACUUUUAACUAACAAGAUUUUCAUCAUUUGGAAUAUAUAUUAAAUUCCAAUUUCUGUAAUGUCAUAGUUGCUGUAAUUUUUAUUAUAUUCUCCAAUGGAAUAAAUAAUUAAGCAGGGCUUUGUUUGCAACAGCUAAAAGCUAUACUGCAAAUUUUAUGAAAUCACUUGUUUUUUUUUUUUAGGGAAAAUUUGAAAUAAGUCCAAUUUUAUAGGCCACCUUUUGAAAUAUGUCCAAUUUUUAGUGACUUUUGACUUUUGAAAUAUGUCCAAUUUUUAGUUACUUUGGACCCAUAUCAAAAGACCUCUUUUUUUUAAUAGGAUAAUUUACACUAACUUCUUUUAAAUUAUGAGUAGAGAUAAGAUUUGAACUCAAGAUGUAGUGAG